UUUUUCUUAUUUUAUUUAAGUAUCCUUUUCGUUAACACUCAUUUUUGUGGAACCUAAAUCGCAUUUUCCCUCUAAAUUUCAUAGUUCGCCAUUUUGGCCAUCUUUCGUUACCAUGAGCGAACCAUUAUCGGGCCCCUGGCUGAGAUUCAUCUACAAUGGCGUGCUGCUCGGCACCUCUGUAAUGUCCGCCCGGAAAAUGGACCUGGAGCAGCACCCUUUCGCCCUAGCUGUCUGUGUCGUGGGCGGCGUAACGGCGAUAGUGGGCUUGCUCCGUGUCCUCUUUGCCAGCGGCCAGCCGGAGGAGUGCCGAAAGAUGAGGGACGUAACCCAUGGAGUCCUGGAACUGGUUCCCUUGCCCCUGGCCAAUAUGAAUCUAUAUUUAAAGAGCACUGGCUGGAGUCCCAUAGCCCUGGCUCAUUCAUUCUUCAUAAUUCCGUUGAUUUGCGACAUGGUCUGUUGCCUGGCGAAGGAGCGCAGGGAUUGCGAGAUGAGUGACAGUCUGAAGAACCUAACGGUAUUGGGCAAUAUUGUAUCCCUGGGAUUCCUGGCCUUUGUUGAGCGGAACUCCCUCUACCUGCGCAUGAUGAUGGUCAUGGUUGUGGUCAAAUAUGGCAUGGUGCUGGUGGACAGCAUGAAGGAGAACGCUGGCGAGGAUCUGCAGGUGUGUGGCACGGCACUCUUUAUCCUCCUUCUGGGCAAGGCUAUGGAUAGCUCCGGGACCUGAUCCUAGGCUUAACCCCUGACUGGUUGGUACAUAUGUUUUUUAACGCUUCAAGGGUUUCCGGGUUCCGGUUAAUUUUCCAUGAAUCGCCUAGUCCGUAUUAAAUUUCAUUUCGGUGGAUUUUCAAUUGCUGUGUUCAUGUUUGCUCAUGUUUUUGUAAUUGCCGAGACACCACAACCUUCGCCCUGUAAUUACACUUUGAGAAAUAGUGUAUAUUUGGCAUAAAAUUCUAAAACUUUUUUUUUAUAA